GCAGGAAUAAUCUCUCGCGAAAGGAUUUUCUUUUCAUUUUUGUAUGUUUGUUCCCCCGGCGAGUGGCAUUUGGGAGCUCAGAGACUUGUUCAGUGAAUGGAACCCUCUCGCAGUAUCUGUCAGUGGGACCGAGCACUAGAAAAAGGCGCCUAGCGAGUUUGUUUCUCUCCGAUCGCCUUUAGAUUACUGUCACCGGGUUCGUACAACUCCCACCCGAUCAUACGAAGGACCAACUCGAACGAACUCCACGCUCGGACGAAUUUGUUGGAGACCUUGCCACCGAAGAUUCAUGUUCUCACGGCGGGCUUUACUGCGUAGGAAGAAUCAGGAUCAGGGAGCUUGCUGCAUGUUGGGAGUUGUUUUGGAAUCGGCUGCAGAGGAACGAAGCCAUACCGUAAGUGAGAGGUUUUGGGAGUGGUAAGAGCUGAUAAUUAUCAUGGUUCACAAGAUUAUUCGAUGGUGAGCUAGGCUGAAAGGGUCGAGAAGAUGGAGAAAAUGGAGAAAGUGGAGAAAAUGGCGAAUGCACCUGGUGAUAGGUUCAUGGGCUCUCCGUCGACAUCUUCUACGUCAGGAGCUGUCAGUGAUGUUGAGCCAGAUGAUUUGGAGGGCUUCGACGACUACACCAUCGCUUCUUCAUGGGAAAAGUUUAUUGCCAAUGUCGAGGAGAUCUGUCGUGAGUGGCAGGCCGCUGGUCCGUAUGACCUUUUGAACUUGGGUGCAACUCUCGUGCAAGGUUCCAGAAAUUUACAUCGCAUUCACAAGCAGGUUCCAUUUGGAAAGAAGUUGUAUGUGUUAAUUUUAUUCUUCGAAGUGGGUUCUGGAGAUGAUUCCAAAGAGGAGUGGCCCGCUGGUUUGCAUCAUCUGCAAUUAUAUUUUGGUGUCACUGAUUUUCUGGUGGCUGUGCCAGUAACCUUGAGUGGAGUCAUUCUCGAUGCUCCAGAAGCCACAACACUUCUCAGCACGGUGGCAGUUGCUCUUUCAUCAUGUGGCAGCCAUUGGCCGGCGUUUGUGCCUGUGCAUGACCGCACACGGAAAGCCUACAGGGGUGUUCAAGGAACAAGCAGUUCAUACUCCAUCACAUUUGAAGCAGACCGGAUUGGUAGUUGGGUACCAGUAAGGUUCAUGCAUUUGGAAGGCCUUUAUGAACUUUUUGUGUCAAAAGUGGCAUUCACAGCACCAAAUACUGCUGCAGUUCCUUCACUAAGGGUGGAAUUUACCAUGCGGUUGACUUAUCAAGCUCCUAUGAUAGGCUAUGAAUACCAGAAUAAAGGAGGCCCUUCCUCAGUUGCCGAGGCUAAGCCUGACUAUGAUGGAGAAUCUCCCAAUGAACCUACUUGGGAUGAAGAUCUUCCCUGGGCAGAGUGGCAUAGUGUCGAUGAUCCAAUCAAAGGUUUUGAGCUGAUUGCAAUAUGGAACAAGAGGUUUGUAAAUGAUUCAAUGGAGAUGUCCGAGUAUGAGAACACGUCCACGUUUAAUGCAGAUGAAUGGUUUCUCAUUCCGACUUUUGCCAUGGACAAGGAGGACGACCAGCCGGAGGAGGGAUUUGCAGUGCGUCUCGAAGGGCUUGCAAAGGCUUUUCAUGUUGCCGGAAAUGCGCAAUUUUUGGAGGAUUUUGCUAAUGUCGUCAAACCGGAGAUGGAUUUACUACUGGAGACCUUCAACGUGCCACCACCUGGUGUACUUGAACGAGUUGUGAAAGAUCUGUUUUACGAAGCUGUUACACCUACUGGUGAGGGAUUCACCUAUGAGUCACGUGGACACUCUGUCAAAGGGGCUCCUCGGGACUCUCUUUUUGGCCGAUUUGUCAUGCAGUCUUUAUUUUUCGGUACCUGCAACAUAAAGGCUAUAUCAGAGUUAUGGUUAGAGUUUGUACGUGAGAUUCGAUGGUAUUGGGAGGAAUGCCAAACCUUGCCAAGAGUAUCACCUGAUGAAUCUCCCGAUCUUAGAACUUGCUUACUUCAUCAAAAGUUGCAAAUGCUUGCAGUUUGCAUUAAGCUGAAAUCAGAAGAGAAGGCGAAAAACAAAUCAGCGAAGUUCGCUGCAAGUGCGGAGAAGACAGAAGAUGAAAAAACUCGAGCAUCUCAGAGGGAACAAAAUGAUAAUCAUCAGCAAAACGAUGAGCUAAAUGUUCCGAAUUUGGACGUCAAUCAUAAUGUAGACAUGGACACAAAGUUACAGGAGCUUAACCUAAAGGAAGUUGAUGGACAUUUUACUGACUCAAAGAGUCCUGAAGAUGAGAUGGAAAGUUUAUUCAAUCCAGGGUCCAAAAGUCCUGAGCCUCCUUUACAGAUUGAAGCUUGGGAACACCCGGGCGAAGAUGCUAUCGUGGAACAUGGGCAAAGGAGUCCGUCAGUACAUUCCAGCGAGGACGAUGAGAAGUGGGAAUCAUGUUCUACAGGGGAUGAUGAAGCAGAGUCGAAGGAUGAACGAAAAGGAUCUGCUGGACCAUUGGGAAAUAUGAUGCUACUCAAUGUAUAUGAACCAUUGCAUGUUCCGAUCACCCAGAGACUGCCAGUGAUGACAGAAGACAUGUUACUAGAGCGCAAACAGGCAAUUGCUGCGCUUAGCAGAUCUCACUCCGAGAAAGAAGCGCGUAUUCGUCUCCAAACUGAUAUCCUUGCCUCAGAUAUGUCAGCAUUUAAAGCUGCAAAUCCUGGGGCAGUUUUCGAAGACUUUGUGCGUUGGCAUCUUCCUGAUGACUGGAUAGAAGACGACCACGAGUAUGUACAAGAUGGAUACUCGUACUCAAGAUUCCUCUCAAUCAGCACAGAGACAGAAAACAAUGGAGAGCCGUGGCCACCGCGAGGAAGGCUUUCACAGAAGAUGUCACAACCCGGCAACGUGUGGGCUCAGAUAUGGGAUCAAAUCUUACCUGAAGCUGCAUAUGAACAAAGGCCUCUUUUUGAUUAUAAGAGAGAAGGUGAAAAGGUGAUGCAUUAUCUCGACACAGUGAGACCACAACAGCUUAUUGGACAGAUGCUUUGCACAGCCUUCAUGACUUGUACAGACGUUUUGAAGAGAACCAAAACUGGUGAUUUUUCACGAUUGCAGUCUGAGCUGGCGCAACUUUACUCCUCAGCUGACAUAGUUCUGGAACCUAUUUCAACCCUGUCAAAAUCUGACCUGCCUUCGAACGAGGAUGUGGAAGUCUGGAACAAGGCUUUGCUUAAACUCUGCGGUGUAUUUAGGACUGCAGAAAGGAACGUCUUCGUUGCAGCAUCCCUCUACCAAAAACUGAAGCUAGCUCCACGAUCGUUAGAAGGUUUAUACAACAGCUUCUUGAGGGAUGGCAAGGGUCUCGCCAGAGUUUCUGUGGGAGGUUCGAGCAAUUCAAAAGACGAGAGGGAGCAGAUUGCCGAACUAUUUCCCCCUCCUGACUCGACCAUAGAUCUUGGAAAAAGGCUUCGAAUGGGCAACUAUCUGAAUGGUUAUGAACCCGACGUGCGAGAAGUUAAGCUCCAGUGCUACGAAGAUGAUCUGCAGAAGACUAGCGGAAGCAGAAAUGGGAGAAGAACUGGAGGAAAAGGGAUGGCUUCUCAUCGUAUGUAUAUAAGUGGAACAGCUAAUGACCUACAGGUUGCCCUUUCUGUGGUCUCCAGAGAUUAGAUCUGGGGAGAGAGGGCAUAUGUUUCAACUUUCAGUGCGCUGGAUAAUAAAUAUUCGGACUCGUCAUUCGUUCGAGUUCAUCUUCUUUCGGAU